CGGUGCCGGCCCCGCGCCGGGGCGACACCGCGGCGGCACUUCCGGUUGGCGGCGGCGGCAGCGGGAGCGGGGCCGGCGGGAGCGGGGCCGGGGCGGGCGGCGCCGUUGCUGCCGGGAUGGCGCUGGACGUGAGGCGCCUGGAGGCGCUGAGCCUGCAGGAGCUCAGCGCGCUGCUGGACGACGAGGAGCAGCUACAGGACAUGGCCCGCCAGAUGGAAGAGGCCCAAAAUGUUCAACACAGCAAGGACAUGACUCUCGCCAGCAACCGCAGUCUGGCAGAAGGCAAUCUUUUGUACCAGCCGAAGUUGGAGUCCUUAAAAUCAAAUUUGACUGAAAAAUAUCAAGAGCUGCAAGUUCUUUUUGAAGCAUACCAGAUAAAGAAAACAAAACUAGACAGACAAUCCAGUAAUGCUUCACUGGAGACACUGCUAGCGCUGCUUCAGACAGAGGGGGCUAAGAUUGAGGAAGACACAGAGAAUAUGGCAGAAAAGUUUCUUGAUGGUGAAAUACCACUGGAUUCCUUCAUUGAUGAGUACCAGAGCAAGCGUAAACUGGCUCACCUGCGCCGGGUCAAAAUCGAGAAGCUGCAAGAAAUGGUGCUGAAGGGUCAGAGACUUCUGCAGGUUCAGCCACAGGCUCAGCCGAGAGCACCCGAGACAACACCAGCACCUCAAGAUUCCUACACUUCGGAUGCAAACACUCCUUCAGUUGUGCCCCGACGAAUACCACCCCCUCCACCUUCUUCAGUCCCAGCAGGACGCUUUCCUACUCCGUUUACUGCAGCCAUGAGUUCAGGACCAGCUCUUUCUUAUCCAGGUGCUCCGUAUCCUCCUCUCCCCCCGCGACCAGGAGUUCAGUCUGCAAGUCAAAUGCCACAGCCAGGAUACCCAUCUCAGUUUGUACCACAGUAUCCUCCAGUUCUUCCCCAAAGACCACCUCGCCUUCCACCACAUCCUGGCUUUAUCCUCCAGUGAAUAUUUUGGUGCGCCUAAGUUAUGUAUUGGUGCUUAUAUUUCCCUUUUAUCCCCCUCAGAGACUUAAUGUAGGCGAUGGAAAGCCUCUGGUUUUUGCACAAUGGAGUACAAAAUCUGAGCUGUGGCACCGAGGUUUGCAAUUGUGUUUGGUAAAUGUGAUUAUUUUUGUUUUCAAAUAUCAGUGACAACAAGGUUUUUCUAGGAAGGUGAUAGGGUCUAAGUUUUGUAAAUCCAUCAAAUUGUGAAACAACAUACAGUGGAUUUCUUGACAUUACAAAUCGAAUCACGCUCUGAAUUCUUUAGUGAUGGCCAAUCAGCAUCCCCUUCUGUCCGGAUGCGUUCCCAUCGCAGCUGGAUGUAUGUGUGGCAGACUGGGAGCUAUUUGUCCCUCUAAAGAAUUCUCUGUCGGUGCCAGUGUUUGGAUAGUAACAACCGUAUCUGAAUACUGGGCAAAGAGUUGCAAUGGGCCGCGUCGGCAUCCUUUGCGUUCUGCCCAGACAAGGGCGUUCAUGGCCAGGUGCACAAUGUUUUCAGAGCUCGCUGAGCUGAAACUCUUGUCAGAAAAUGUUGCAUGGUUUUUAGCCGGUAAAACUUACAAGAGUUUCAUUUCUACAUUUCACUCCUGACCGUAGACUUUUCAUAGUAAAAGUACGCACUCCUCCCACUCCUAAAUAGCUUGAUAUCCUGAAAGUCCUGGUCUCUUGAAAUUACACUAAACUGUUUUUAGAGCCAGUUUAGAGUUUUAUAGAAACUUUACCAGGCAUUUUUAUUUCCUUGCCUAUUAAGACUCUUUCUUAUGGUUGGUUUUUUUUUUCUUUUCCACACCUUGGAUACAGAAGUGAUUUUUUUACACAGGUGCUUAGCUUUUGAUAUCAUGUGAUUCCAGGAAUCUAGGCAGGGUAUUUUCUUAAUCAAAUACUGCAUUUUCACAUUAUGUAAAUGCCCACUUGAAGCUCCUUAAUUUCAUUUUAUCCCUCAGACUCAGUCUCUCACUUGGCAGAGCUAUUUUUAACUUUCCUAUUUCAUUUAGUUUUGCAGGUUUUGGCAUGCCUAUCUAUCUGGAAUUUGCAGGUAACAUUUCUCUGCAAGCAGGCAAAACAGAAAAGCUUUUUUAAAUCCAUGGUGGCUGUUUGCAUCUGACAUAAUCCAUUCUUGACGACUUAUGCCACUGCAGGGGGAGGCUUUUUAGGGGAGCUCAGAUUUCACUCUCAAUGUGACUCUUGAAGCCUAAGGUGCAGACACAUGCUGGUAUUUUAAUCUAGCAUCGGGGGAGGCAGAUCUUAACGCUUGUUGCUUGCGCAGAAUGUGUCUGUAAAUUCAUUAUCAAUGCCAUCCACAAACAACUUUCAACUAAUUCAUGGUAAUUUAAGAAACUCACAGUCCAGAAUCUGUUACAGCCCUUGCGUUAUUUCAAAGCAUUUUCAUAUCAUUGUCCUGGAAUGCACUACAUUGUUUGUAAGUCCGUACUACAAACAGCAUCAGUCAAAAUAGAAUAUUUAUUUUUUUUUUCUUUACGUAAGGCCCUUGACUGUCCCUUAAUCAUUUCCUCUGGAGUGUGGUGGUUGCUAGCAAAUAGUAAUUUGAAAUUAAGCUCAUAACAGGAAGCUCUCUAUUCUGAAAAUAUGUUUUUUUGGCUUGUUUUGCCUUCUGAAGACAAAGGGCAGAAGGUUGGUCAGUGUUAUUGGCAGCUGAACCAAUUCCCCAGCGUAAGUCUGGAAAUUUUCUAUAGAUGGGGGAUUUUGUGAAGCAAUGUGCAUUGGAUUUGUUUGCAAAGUGUGUUUUUUCUGUAAUCUAGUGAUGGUACAGGAUGUGGUUGUUUUGUUGUUUUUUUUUUUUUAAAAUAGUGUAAUAUCUUUUCUUGGUAUUAUUUUCUCACUGAAGCUUCAUAUAAGCAUGGUUAAUUAUGACUCUUUCAAAGCAAUUUUGCUGUGCUAUUAGUGCUGGUACUUGGAUGGCAACUGUUGUAUCCGAAUGCUAAACGUAAGUCUGCUGUAGAAAAGAUCUGUGUCCUAGAAAGAAUUACAGUGGGUGGGGGCUACCGGGGUGGUGACUGAGUAUACAAAUUCGUACUUUGAGCCUGCUACACAAAAACUCUAAAACACUCUCAAAUCAGUUUUGCUAACGGUUAAUAAAAACAACCAGGUAUAUUUUACACUUAUCAAGUGCCAACUUUUUUUCCCGAGGGUUGAACAUCCUCAGAAGUGAUGGAGGUGAUAGAUAAGUGUAUUGUGAAUUUGCACUGCGUUUUAUGUAUCUAACUUUAUUGGUAUUAGUAGUCCAAAAAUAUUUUUACUACUUGUUAUAUUUUCUGUCUUUUGGUAACUUUUGUGAUAACAUGACCUUUCAGGGAUACUUUAUCUAGAAACCAACUCUUGUGCAAACUAAAUACAGACAAAGCUAAUGCAAUUUUUCUGUCUGAAAGCAAAACAAUGCAUUAUUGCAGAUGCAUGUGGCUGACGUGCCUUAGGAUCACUACUUGUGAUUGUAAAACUAGGAUAUUAGCGUUUUUAUCAUUUGAAUGGCCAUUGCUUAACUCUGAGGGCUCUUCAAGAGCACUUUCUUUUACAAGAAACUCACCCUCAUACUUCAGAAAAAACAAAGGCCGUAUCUGCUAUUUGUAAGCUUCUAGUUGCCUUCACUGAUGGAUAAGUUUGAACGUAGGUAAUGUAACUAAUGUGAUGUUUCAGUUAUAGCGAACUCAUAACUGAAAUCCAGCUGCUCAUGGAAAACGAUUUGCCAUUAAUUGUGUGUGUGUGUGCGCACAAACUGUAAAUACAUACUUGACUGCUGGUGAUGUUUAAGGGUAAAGGAGAAAGAUGACUGUGGAAAGCUGUUUAAAUCCUUUCAGAAACAAACUUUACAAAACACUAACCUGAGUGAGUUGGGCAAGAGGUGCGUGUCAGUGCUUUCAGCCUGUUGCCCUUCGACAGCUUCUCCUGUUCUGUUAUAGCUAAUAAAUAAAUUUUGCUAUGGCUAGGAUGUAUAGAAUCAUACUAAUUUGCACUGUUUAUAAGAUAGCGAGAUUAAAAUGCCAUAGGCAAGCUGAGACUUGAGAGGGGGCGGCUCAGUAUGCUUGCCAAAAUAUAUAUAUUAUUAUGUUGUCUUGAGGAUUUUUAAUGUCUGCUGCAAAUAGCAUAUACUUCCCCAAAGCAAUUGGAGUGGAGAAAAAUCUUUUAAAUACGAUGUGUAACAUGGCUUUAGAGUGUUGGUAGCGUUGCAAAUGUUCUCUUUGGAUGGCAUUACUUUUGCCAGUCUUUUUUACGCAGUUUUAUAAGUUAUGACUAAUUCAAUUGUAUGUGGUUAGGUGGUUUGAUGAGCAGCGUUGAGUGGUUCUAACUCAAGGAUGAGUCUCACUGCACUUCAGUGCUGUCUCCUAGAGGAAGCGAAGUCGGUUGUUCUAGCACAGCUGAUCCACGCAGGUCACCUUUGUACCAGUGACGCUGGAGGGACUAUACAGAAUAUAAGCUUUGGUGUGAUGCCAGGAGGCAGAGCCCUGGGCACGGUCUGGUCAUGGGUAACCGUUACGUUUAGUGCCCCAACUUCCACAACCUCAGUCUCGACCUCUUUUGGGACUUCUCUGCCCUCUCAAACUGGAAUAAUGACUUAGAUACAGAGCUCAAAUCGACAAUUCCUUUAGCCUGAAGAUAGAGCUACUUGGCAAACAUUGAGUUCUGAGGAGGUAGAGUCGUCCUGCACCCGAGCGGUUCCUCGUGUAAUCCUGGACAGUCUAAUAAAGGGGCAAUUUUAUAUGCCUAGCAAGUUGUGAAACGUACAGUGGAUUUGUUUGCAUAAUAAGUCUUUCUGUAAUCUACUGUGGUCUGAUUUUAAAUAAAAUAGCAUAUCUCUCUUGGUGUCGUGUUCCUAUUGUGGUUUCAUUUAAUCACGGUGGAGUUACGUUCAUGCUUAUUUAGCAACAUAAAAACAGUUGUAGGUGAAUGUAGAACAUAAAUUUGAAAGAAAAUAAUGUUACUUAUUCGUAGUAAAUCUGUUGGCCAUGGUUUUAGUGACUGGAUAUAGCGAGUCCAUUUUGUAUAUAGCUGAUACAGGAUAGGUGUGCUCAGGGUAGAUUCUGUACGUUGUCAUCCUGGCGGCGAGGUAGGAGGGCUGUCUUGCCAGGUAGGAUCCCUUCGCUUUUGUUUUAGUUUCCCACAAUUAGCUGGAAUAGUGGAAGUCUCUAGGUAAUCUCCACCUGGAAAAGCUGAAGGAAGGGGAAAAGCCGCUUUUAUUUGUUAAAAGAGGAAAAAACUUAGAUUUCAGCCAAGACAAGUUAGGAGAAAUGAGUCAACCAGAGUUAUUUAGGAAUAUGAGUCAGAGCACAGAAAAGACCUGAUGUAAUUUUGUGUGAUAUCUGUCGCUUUAAUAGCAAUGUGAAAUAGAACUCCUGCUGCCGAAUAACUGAUAAUAUAUGGGAGAAAAUCCCUUUUUUAAUUGUUUCUUGAUACGUUCCAUUUGUGGUGCCUACGGAGAUUUGAUAACCUCCUGCUGAUGCAGAAAUAGGAAACUAGAGCUGAGGCCGAGGCGCGGGGCUGAGUCAGCGCGGGUGGGCGAGGGAAGGAGACGGUGUUAUGUAAAAGCUGCAGUUCUUCAACUCGGCUCUUCUAAGAACUUGCAGCAACGCCCGUGUCCUGCAGCUUGGAGAAGGUGUGCACAAAGCUUCAGGAACUGCCUGUUCCAAAACUGGGGUUCACAAGCACCAGGAGAUGGCUCUGGUGGGAUUGUUCCCCGUGCAAAGGAGAGGUAACCCAGGAGGGUCAGACCCUGACGGGUAAUGGAUGUCAAACAAAAAAAAGCAAAGUAACAAAAGCAGCAAGCGGUGCGUCAGUGAUAAACCGGCAGGAUUUCACGUGGUCUUAACUUGUCCCAUCUCUUUGGAAGCUGGCUCCGUGGGCCGUGCAAGCCCACGCAGAUCCUUCAGUAGCACUUGUUCCUGUAAUUUGAGUCCUCUUCUGCCUGUGUAUUAGUCAACUUUUUGAGCAAACAGGCUUGUUUGCUCACCUCUCGGAGACUUUGUCACUAGAAACAAGACCUGUGUUGCCUUGGGUUCUUUUGAGAGAAUUUUGUCUCGACUGACGUUUUAGAGAAGCCUUUUUGAGACGCCGGUGCCCUAGCUGAUGCCCAUAAAGCAGCCUGUACCUGGGCAGCCUGUGGUGGGCUCAACCUCUCCUGAAGCCAAAUUUCCAUUUUUUCUCCCUACCUGCAGGACAAAUCACAGACUGCUGGGGCUGGAAGACUUCUCGGUGCAUCCCUUGAACCUGCUAUAGACUGCCGGCUAUUGCGGAAAGCGCUUCCUCGUACCGAGGGAAAUGGUGUUUGAAAGAAACGAAACUUCGUGGGGAGCUGCCGUGUCUGGACAGACAUCGUCACUCGCCGUGCGGCUGGGUAACCCUCUCCCAGCUCUCCCCCACCGCCGCUGCAGACAAGAGGUUCUCCCGGAGCUUCACGGAAAGGCUGAGAAGGAUGCAAAUCUUUGGAUCGGAGACGAUCUCGAUGUAACUCGCAGGAUUAGACCAGCUGCCUGCCCUUGCCCAGUAACACCAGUAUUAACACCAAAGCCUUUUAAUGUGGAAGGCGCUUUAUGCACACGUGGUUGGGAAAUGAGAACUGUCGCUCGCUACGCUGCCCGCGGUAGUUGCUCGUAAAACUGUACAGUCUGUUUCGUGACGUGUAACCUCGGAAAUUGUAAGUCAUCAUGAGACUGCUACAAGACUGAAAUAAAUGGUAAAAUACCUUGUAA